GUUAUACCCCCUAUUUUGAGGUGGGGGUGGGGUAAAUACUCACCCACUGGUCUGCAAGACUGCAACUUCAUAACGUCUAUUUCUUCUUCUUCUUCUCUCACUCUAUAAAGAAAAGAAAAUGCCAGCAAUGCUGCCACAGCCUUUUUAACCUCAUCAUAACACCACCGCACAACUCACCAACCCCAAGAACCAUAUACCUGCAAACUCUCAUUCUAUCCUACUUCUUACCUAUUUAGUUUUCUUGUUAAUAAUUAUCUAUAUAUAGUAAAAAAUAGCUUUCUGUUUAUAAAGCAUCCGGAAUUCACGUGCUUUUCUUAUCCCCUUUUCCUCUUUUUGUUAUAAAGAUUUGAUUUUUUUUUAAUAACAGAGGAUGUGAAUGAGCCUAAUUUGAAGUGUUUUAGAGAAAAAGAGGGUAAAGAUUGAAUCUUUAUGAGGUUUAGUGAGAUGGGUGUGUGGUGGUUUUGUGGAUUGGUCAUUUUGGGUUUGGUAAUUGGAGGAAAAGGGUAUCCAGAGGAGGAUUUAGUGAAGGCAUUGCCUGGACAACCUAAGGUUGGUUUUAGGCAAUAUGCAGGGUAUGUAGAUGUGGAUGUGAAAGCUGGGAGGAGUUUGUUUUACUACUUUGUUGAAGCUGAGGUGAAACCUGAUGAGAAACCUCUAACUCUUUGGCUCAAUGGAGGGCCAGGUUGCUCAUCAAUUGGUGGAGGUGCUUUUACAGAGUUGGGACCAUUCUUUCCCACAGGUGACGGUAGAGGUCUUCGAAGAAAUUCAAAAUCAUGGAAUAAAGCAUCAAAUCUCCUCUUUGUUGAAUCUCCAGCUGGAGUAGGAUGGUCGUACUCAAAUACAAGUUCAGACUAUACCACUGGUGAUGCAAAGACUGCAAUGGAUAUGCAUAUGUUCAUGAUGGAAUGGGUGAAGAAAUUCCCGGCAUUCAAAUCAAGGGAACUAUAUCUCACAGGAGAGAGUUAUGCAGGGCAUUACAUUCCACAGUUAGCUGCUGCUCUUUUAGACCACAAUGAGCACUCAAAGGAAUACAAGUUCAACAUUAAAGGAGUUGCAAUUGGGAAUCCACUUCUGAGACUUGAUCGUGAUGUUCCCGCAACCUAUGAAUACUUUUGGUCUCAUGGAAUGAUUUCUGAUGAAGUAGGCCUAACAAUUAUGAAUCAGUGUGACUUUGACGAUUAUACCUUUGGCAGUCCACACAAUGUUUCACAAGCAUGCAAUAAUGCCAUAUCUGAAGCAAAUACCAUUGUUGGUGAAUAUAUAAAUAACUAUGAUGUGAUCCUUGAUGUGUGCUAUCCGUCUAUAGUGGAACAAGAGCUGCGAUUAAAGAAAAUGGCUACUAAAAUUAGUGUAGGUGUUGAUGUGUGCAUGAGCUAUGAAAGGCGUUUCUAUUUUAACCUUCCAGAGGUUCAGAAAGCCCUUCACGCAAAUAGGACGAACUUGCCUUAUACCUGGUCGAUGUGCAGCAAUGUUCUGAAGUACAGCGACACAGAUGGAAACAUCAAUAUUCUUCCGUUGCUCAAAAGAAUAAUCGAAAACCAUAUUCCUGUUUGGGUUUUCAGCGGAGACCAAGAUUCUGUUGUGCCAUUGCUUGGAUCCAGGACCCUUGUACGCGAGCUAGCUCAUGACAUGGGGUUCAAGAUUACAGUCCCUUAUGGAGCUUGGUUUCACAAAGGACAGGUGGGAGGAUGGCAAACGGAGUAUGGCAAUCUGUUGACCUUUGCCACUGUUAGAGGUGCUGCACAUAUGGUACCAUAUGCACAACCUGCAAGAGCUUUGCAUCUGUUUAGUUCAUUUAUACGUGGCCGGAGGCUCCCAAACAACACACGUCCCUCCAUCGACGACUAGGAAAAAGCCUCCACUGAGCACUUUAAAGUUGGUUAUAGGUAUAGUUACUUGAGUGAGGAUGAAUAUUAGGGACUUCCUAUAUAAACAGGAAGAAACAAAACCAUUGCAUUGAUAAUUGGCUUUGAAGUAGCUGAAGAAAAAGAUUUCCUAGAUUGACAGUGUGAUAGAGAUAGGGGAACAUAUGUCAAGUAACUUCUCUUUUAUCUUAAAUUAAAUAUCUUUGAAUGAAAUAAAGAAAGCAAGUUGUUCAUUCUCAAAA